AUGAAGGUGAUGUGUUUCACAGAGGAAGAAAUUGCCGAUGUCCUUCAGGUCAUUGCUGGUGUUCUACAGCUUGGAAAUGUUAAUUUCAUGGCUGCAGGCGGUGCUCAAGUCGCAGAAAAAAGUGUAUUGGAGAAUGUUGCAAAUCUUCUUCGUGUGGACAUCUAUGAGCUGACUGAUGCUUUGACCCAGAAGUCAAUGAUCCUCAGAGGAGAAGAAAUCCAGUCACCACUGUCUGUAGAACAGGCACUGGAUUCCAGGGAUUCAAUGGCCAUGAAUCUUUAUGCUUGCACAUUUAAAUGGCUCAUCAACAAGAUCAACCAGAGAAUCAAGGGCAACAACAGCUUCUCCUCUAUUGGUGUUCUUGACAUUUUUGGAUUUGAGAACUUUGAUUUCCAAAAGAGGCAAAGGAGAGCACUUCAAAGAAUAAUUACCACAUACCAUGAGGUAGCUCGAAGGAGCCUUUGA